UGGGCUUGAAGAAAAAAUCUCAAGCAGACGCCACUGUGGAGGAACUGCUGCGGCCGCAGGAGGCUUCGUAAAUUCGCAGAAUUUAUUUAUUUAUUGACUUUUUUUAUAGAGAUAAAGUUGGCAGUUUAACUUUGUCUUAGAAGGUUCACAGUAUUUUUAAGGAAGCUUUUCUGAUCUUGAAGAGAUAUGUCAACUUCUGACGAUGCAGACGGACUUAGACCGCGUUAUGGCUCUGUUUUGGACAACAUGGAGCGCCUUACAGCAGAAGAGAUGGAUGAGCGACGCCAGCAAAACAUGGCAUAUGAAUAUUUGUGCCACCUGGAGGAGGCCAAGCGAUGGAUGGAGGCCUGUUUGGAUGAAGAGCUGCCACCCACCACAGAGCUGGAAGAAGGCCUGCGCAAUGGAGUCUACCUUGCCAAGCUGGGAAAUUUCUUUGCUCCCCGUGUUGUCUCUGUGAAGAAGAUUUAUGAUCGUGAACAAACAAGAUACAAAGCUACAGGACUCCAUUUCAGGCACACAGACAAUGUGAUUCAGUGGUUGAAUGCCAUGACUGAAAUUGGACUACCAAAGAUUUUUUAUCCUGAGACAACAGAUAUAUAUGACAGAAAGAAUAUGCCCCGCUGUAUAUACUGCAUCCAUGCACUAAGCUUGUAUCUGUUUAAGCUGGGACUGGCACCUCAGAUUCAAGACCUGUAUGGAAAGGUGGACUUCACCGAGGAGGAGAUUAACAACAUGAAGAGUGAACUUGAGAAGUAUGGGAUUCAGAUGCCUGCCUUUAGCAAAAUAGGGGGAAUCCUAGCUAAUGAGUUAUCCGUUGAUGAAGCAGCAUUGCAUGCUGCAGUCAUUGCCAUUAAUGAUGCCAUCGACCACGGAGUACCAGAAGGUACCGUAUCAGCAAUGCGCAACCCAAAUGCCAUGUUAGUGAAUCUGGAUGACAGCUAUGCCCACCAGUACCAAGAGACACUUUAUCAAGCCAAGCAGGAUAAAGUUCUUUCUGCUAGAAAACGGACAAUUGAGCUUUCAGAGGAAGAACGAGAUGUGUAUGAAGAGCUGCUAACCCAAGCUGAAAUUCAAGGCAAUGUGAACAAAGUAAAUUUAUUAAAGUCUAUUGAAACUAUAGACCAGGCUCUGACAAAAGACAAUCCAGACAGCCUUUAUGAUGCUCUGCGUUCACACAGCAUUGGCCUCCGGAAUCUUAACUCCCAGAAUAAAGACUGGUACCUAAAGCAGUUGUUAAAUAUGCGUACAGCUAAGCAAGAGAAUUUCCCUGGGGACCUAUUGCAAAAAGAAGAGAUCCAGAGUGGGGUGGAUUUGGCUAAUGAAGAUGCAAUACAAUAUAGGAAAAUGCUAGAAGCUGUACAGCGCAUCAAUGCUGCAAUUAGCAGGGGAGAGGCAGACAAAACUGUGGAAGAACUGAUGAACCCUGAGGCCAAACUUCCCCAGGUCUAUCCCUUUGCUGCUGAACUAUACCAGCGUGAGCUGGCCACACUUCAACAACAAAGUACAGAGGGGUUGCUUUUACAUCCAGAGCUUUCAGUUGCUGUAGAGAUGCUUUCAUCAGUGGCACUAAUUAACCGGGCACUGGAUGCUGGUGAUAAAGCAGCAGUGUGGAAACAGCUGGAGAGCCCAGUGACAGGGCUAAGCAAUGUGGAAGAUGAGAAUUACAAGAGGUACAUUGAUGAACUUCUUCGACUGAAAGGAUUGGCAAGAACUGAGGGAACUCCUUUCCUUACAUGGAAUGAUAUCCAGGCCUGUGUGGAUCAAGUUAAUGUGGCUGUACAAGAAGAACAUGAGAGGAUUGAGGCUAUUGGGCUAAUUAAUGAAGCUCUUGAUCAAGGAGAUGCUCAGAAGACCCUAGAGGCCUUACAGCUCCCAGCUGCCAAGUUAACUGAUGUCCGUCCUGCUGUGGCCCAGCACUACCAGGACACGCUGAUUCUGGCACGCCGAGAGAAAGCACAGGAAACUCGAGAUGACUCAGCUGUGCUUUGGUUGGAUGAGAUCCAGGAUGGUGUAAGAAGAUCUAACAAGGAGACUGAAGAAGCAGAACAGUUUUGUUUGGGAAUUCUGGCUAUCAAUGAAGCAGUAGAAUUAGGAGACACGGCCCAGACUUUGUUAACCUUGAAAUCACCUCAUGUUGGCUUAUAUGGUGUCACCCCAGAAUGUGACCAGACGUAUCAGACAGACUUGGCUGCACUGAAAAAGAGCAAACAAGCUGAAGGUGACAAUGGAAGUAAGUGGGCAAGGCAUUGGGUGAAGGGGGGCUACAAUUACUACUUUAACCUGCACACCAAAGAAGGCCAGUGGGAAGAGCCAGCAAAUUUUGUUCAGAAUAAUACUCACUUGAGCCGUGAGGACAUUCAGUCUGCCAUCUCUGGUGUAACUGCUGCAUACAACAGAGAACAACUCUGGCUGGCCAAUGAGACACUGAUUACCAAACUACAGGCAUGCAGUCGUGGUUACCUGGUGAGAAAUGGGCUUACUCAGCGUCUCAACUACCUCAAGAGGCAAGUUCCUGCUAUACUCCGGAUACAGUCCCACUGGAGAGGCUAUAAGCAGAAGAAGCUGUAUAAUGAAAGGAAGGAGUUCUUGAGAGAACACAGUAACGAGGCAAUAAAGAUCCAGUCAAUGGUGAGGAUGCACCAGUGUCGAAAACGAUACCAGGAUCGACUCAAGUACUUCAGAGAUCAUAUUGAUGAUAUUGUGAAAAUUCAGGCAUUCAUUCGUGCAAACAAAGCACGGGAUGAUUAUAAGACACUGAUCAAUGCAGAAAAUCCACCCAUGGUUGUGGUGAGAAAAUUUGUCCAUCUGCUAGACCAAAGUGACCAGGAUUUCCAAGAAGAAUUGGAGGUGAUGCGCCUCCGUGAAGAAGUUGUCACAAACAUCCGUUCUAAUCAGCAGCUGGAAAAUGAUUUAAAUCUCAUGGAUAUUAAAAUUGGCCUUCUAGUCAAGAACAAAAUUACAUUACAGGAAGUUGUGUCUCACAGCAAGAAGCUGACAAAAAAAAAUAAAUCCCAACUCUCUGAUAUGAUGAUGAUGAAUAAGCAGAAAGGAGGCCUGAAGGCAUUGAGCAAAGAGAAGCGAGAGAAGCUGGAGGCCUAUCAGAACCUUUUCUACUUGCUGCAGACAAACCCUACCUAUCUAGCUAAACUCAUCUUUCAGAUGCCCCAAAAUAAAUCCACCAAAUUCAUGGACUCUGUUAUCUUUACACUAUAUAAUUAUGCUUCUAAUCAGCGUGAAGAAUACCUUCUUCUCAAGCUCUUCAAGACAGCUCUGCAAGAAGAGAUUAAGUCAAAGGUAGAUCACAUCCAAGAGAUUGUUACUGGAAAUCCCACUGUAAUAAAGAUGGUAGUAAGCUUUAACCGAGGUACUAGGGGGCAGAAUGCCUUGAGACAAAUUCUGGCUCCAGUGGUGAAAGAGAUUAUGGAUGACAAAACCCUCAACAUCAAAACAGACCCUGUGGAUAUUUACAAGAGUUGGGUCAACCAGAUGGAGUCACAGACUGGUGAAGCCAGCAAACUUCCGUAUGAUGUCACUCCAGAGCAGGCUUUGAGUCAUGAGGAAGUUCGAACACGGCUUGAUUCUUCAAUCAAGAACAUGCGGACUGUAACAGACAAAUUUAUAUCUGCUAUCAUCGUUUCUGUGGACAAAAUUCCAUAUGGUAUGCGUUUCAUUGCCAAGGUUCUUAAAGAUACACUACAUGAGAAGUUCCCUGAUGCCACAGAGGAUGAGUUGUUAAAGAUUGUGGGAAAUCUGCUUUAUUAUCGAUAUAUGAACCCUGCUAUAGUGGCACCUGAUGCUUUUGACAUAAUAGAUCUGUCAGCAGGUGGUCAGCUAACUACUGACCAAAGACGCAAUCUGGGUUCAAUUGCUAAGAUGCUGCAGCAUGCUGCAUCCAACAAGAUGUUUAUUGGAGAUAAUGCUCACCUGGGCACCAUUAAUGAGUACCUAAGCAACUCCUAUCAAAAAUUCAGACGCUUCCUGCUUGCCGCUUGUGAUGUUCCACCACUGGAAGACAAGUUCAAUGUGGACGAAUAUUCAGAUCUGGUCACCCUUACAAAGCCUGUCAUCUAUAUUACUAUUGGAGAAAUCAUCAACACACAUACUCUUCUUUUGGACCAUCAGGAUGCUAUUGCACCAGAACACAAUGAUCCUAUUCAUGAGUUGCUGGAAGAUCUGGGGGAGGUCCCUACCAUAGAGUCUCUUAUUGGUGAAGGCACAUUGCCACCUGGGGAUCCCAAUAAGGAGAUAAUGUCAAAAACUGAGGUGUCAUUAACACUGACCAACAAGUUUGAUGUGCCAGGAAAUGAGAAUGCAGAGAUGGAUGCUAGGACUUUAAUGGUCAAUACCAAGCGGCUCAUUGUAGAUGUAAUUCGGUUCCAGCCUGGUGACACCUUAACCGAGAUCCUAGAAACGGCUGCUACUGAUGAUCAGGAAACAGAGUAUCAACGAGCAAUGCAACGAAGAGCAAUCAGAGAUGCUAAAACGCCGGAGAAGAUGAAACAAAAAAAAUCUGCUCAGGAUGAUACCUUAACACUCCAGGGCAAGAAAGAUAAAAUUUUGGCCAACCUAAAACGCCUUGGUGAAAUGGGGAAAGUGAAUGCAGAAAACCGUUACCAAGAAUUGAUCAACGACAUUGCUAAGGAUAUCCGGAACCAACGACGUUAUCGUCAGCGCAGAAAAGCAGAAUUGAUCAAACUGCAACAGACAAAUGCCGCUCUUAAUUCCAAAACCAGCUUUUAUGAAGUUCAGAUUGAUUACUACAACCAGUAUAUCAAGACAUGUAUGGACAACUUAGCCAGCAAGGGCAAGGUGUCAAAGAAGCCAGGUGAUAUUAAGGGAAAGAAGAGCAAGCAGGUCUCUCAGAAAUACACUGCAGCCAGGCUGCAUGAAAAGGGUGUGCUGCUGGAAAUAGAAGAUUUACAGAGUAGCCAGUUUAAGAAUGUUAUAUUUGAGAUCUCACCUGCUGAUGAAGUUGGGGAUUUUGAGGUGAAGGCUAAAUUUAUGGGAGUGCAGAUAGAAACUCUAAUAUUACAUUAUCAGGACCUGCUGCAGCUGCAGUAUGAGGGCGUAGCAGUUAUGAAACUCUUUGAUCGAGCCACUGUCAAUGUCAACUUGCUAAUCUUCCUCCUCAACAAAAAGUUUUAUGAGAAAUGAAGAAUGAAUAUGGAGUUGCUAAGGAUUGCAGAUGCUUGCAUGGAGAGCUGCUGGUUCUUGAUCAAUAUCCAGUACUAAAUUUGACACAAUGUUUCCUUCUGCAUGAUUUCCCUUUAAUAUUAUUUCUUGCUCUAUGCAGUAUUUUGGACCAAGGAAUCCUACAUUGGCCCAUUGCUUCCUGGGACCUGACUGGUAGCUGACUGUUGUGGCUGUGAUAAUAUAUCUAUCAAUAGAAAAAAUAACCUCAUAAUUUCAACAUCCUAGAGCAUAUUUGCCAUCUUCAGUUUCAUAAAUUAUAGUAUCUGCUGGAAUUUAUAAGCAUCAAACAUGAUGGUUUGGAGGCUGUAUUAUAAGGGGAGAGUGAUGGCUGAAUUUUAAGCCUCUGUGCACUAAUUUGCUCACUUUUUUACCAUUUCUGAUGUAAAGGUCAAAAUAUUUGGCUUUUAAUAAAAGUAAAGCAUAUUUAAUGAUUAUUUUGGCUGCCAUGUGGGCCACUGGGAGGUUCACAGCAUUUCAGUAAUGUUCCAUUAUGAUGUGCAUUUUACAUUGUAUUUAGUAUUUACAUUGUUUUAUUCUAAUUUUCUGUGACAUUUAAGGUAUGGGUAUUAUGAAUAUCAUGUAGAGCUCUGCAAAUGUGUUAGUCUUUCUUAUGUCCUUAUUGUUGUCUUGCCUCACUGAAAUUCAGCACUAUGUUUUACUUUCAUUUAAUAUGUUAUACACAAGUGAGUAGGAAAAAUGUUUAAAGGUUUAAACACAAAAUUCCAUUAAUGUCAAACAAAACACAAUGUUCUCUAUGUUCAUUUAUUAUGCCUAAUUUCAUCUGUUGGUCAUUUGAACCUUCGCCCUCUUUAUUGUCCUAUUUAAAAGUAGAGUUUUGUAGGCAAAGUAAAUAUUUUACAUUACUUAAAUAAGUCCAAAGGCUAGCCUCUGAUGAAGUUCCAUCUUCUGUUACAAAGUAAAUCAGAUAUUCACAGUCUAAAUAUUGCUAUUUUAGCUUUACUGUUAAAAAAUUUUUUACCACCAUAUUAUGUUUGCCAAGGCAUUGGAUUCAUUUGUUGCUACUUCAUGCGUAUUUUAAUUUUGCUUGACUGCUACAUGCUAGUGUUCCUUAGUAUAUCCAGUUGCUGAUGCUUAUUAUGUUCAGUCAGUACUUUAUUUUCUUGCCUUUUGUGCAUUGUGACAACUCAGUUGCUCUGAGGGUAUUGGCACUAGGACAAAUAAAGGGACCAAGGACCAGUGUAACAGCAAUAAGAGGCAAAUACCAAACAUGCACAUGUAAAAUUAUAAAAUUUUAUCUUGCACAAAUGCCAAAAAAGUAAUAAAUAUAAUAAUAAAACA